AUGACCGAGACUAACGGUUCCGCCGCCCCAGCUUCCUCUCCAAAGGAUGAGCUCACCAGCAAAGACUACUACUUCGACUCGUACGCUCACUUCGGAAUCCACGAGGAGAUGCUGAAGGACGAGGUCCGCACGACCACAUACCGCAACUCGAUCUACCACAACCAGCACUUGUUCAAGGACAAGGUUGUGAUGGACGUCGGAUCCGGAACCGGAAUCCUCUCGAUGUUCGCUGCAAAGGCUGGAGCCAAGAAAGUUUUUGCUAUGGAAUUCUCCAACAUGGCUCUGACUUCCCGGCAAAUCAUCAAGGACAACAACCUCGAUCAUAUUGUUGAGGUCAUUCAAGCUAAGGUUGAAGACGUCAAAGAGCUUCCAGGAGGAUAUGAGAAGGUCGACAUUAUUAUCUCCGAGUGGAUGGGAUACUGCUUGUUCUACGAGUCCAUGCUCAACACUGUCCUCCACGCUCGUGAUAAGUGGCUUGCACCAGGAGGAAGCUUGUUCCCAGACAAGGCUAAGCUCUACAUCUGCGCCAUCGAGGACCGUCAAUACAAGGAGGACAAGAUCCACUGGUGGGAUUCAGUCUACGGAUUCAACAUGACUGCUAUCAAGAACGUCGCCGUCAAGGAGCCACUUGUCGAUGUUGUUGACGCCGGACAGGUCACCACCAACAACACCUGCAUCAAGGAGAUCGAUCUCUACACCGUCACUGUCGAUGAUCUCUCGUUCAGCUCUCCAUUCCAGCUGAAAACCAAGCGCAACGACUACGUUCAGGCGUUCGUCACCUUCUUCACUGUGGAGUUCUCCAAGUGCCACAAGAGAACAGGAUUCUCGACUGGACCAGAUGUGCAAUACACCCACUGGAAGCAAACCGUCUUCUAUUUGAAGGAUGCCCUUACCGUGAGAACCGGAGAAAUCAUCAACGGCAACUUCUCAAUGGCACCAAACCAGAAGAACAACCGCGACCUUGACAUCAACAUCAAGUUCGAUUUCAAAGGAGAAGUAUGCGAGCUCGAGGAGGACAACACCUACAGCAUGCACUAA